ACUUACUGUACCUACUGCUCCCCCAUUCUGCUCUGCCAUCGCCAUACCUUCCAACGUUCGUAUACUCAGUUUUCAGGAAGCUCUCGUUCAAUAUGUCUAUUGGAGUCGCUAUUAUUGGUAGUGGCAUCUUUGCUAAGGAAGAGCACUUGCCUGUAGCUCGUGCAUCGCCUGACUUGACGCUCAAGGCAAUCUUCUCCCGCUCCCUCCAGUCAGCACAGAGUCUUGCCACGGGAGUGGAUGGUGUAGAUCUAUACUCGGAGGAUGCAGGGACCGGCAAAAGCUACAUGGAUCUUCUGGCUCGAGAUGACAUUCAAGCUGUCAUCAUAGCUCUACCGAUUCUCGCCCAGCCUGAGUACAUCAAGCAGGCUCUUUCCGCGGGGAAACAUGUGCUGUCUGAGAAGCCUAUCGCAAAGGACCUGGCCACCGCUCAGGAGCUGCUGCAGUGGUAUGAAGCUAAUGUGGACACCACCAAGACUCUGUGGGCCGUUGCGGAGAAUUAUCGGUACCUGGCCAAGUUCAUUCGGACGGCCGAAGAGGUGCGCAAGUUGGGCGGAGUGAAGAACUUCCGAGUGAGCGUGCGCAGUCUGAUCAAGACCGAUUUCAAGUACUACAAGACGGAAUGGCGUCGCACACCAGCCCACCAGGGCGGAUUUGUGCUUGACGGCGGCAUUCACCUCGUUGCGGGCUUGCGGCUGAUCCUCGGACAGCACGAUGGUCUGGCCGCGGUGUCCGCGCAGUCGUGUCUCUUGCAGGAGUAUCUGGCCCCUAUGGACACGGUGGACGCGGUAGUGCAGACCAAGUCGGGUGCAUCUGGGGCAAUUACGAUGUCAUAUGGGUCGGCGUUCAAUGAUUUCCUGUUUGAGUUUGACUGUGCUCAAGGUACGGUGACGUUGAAUUUCGACCAGGUCACGGUCAAUGGAGAGCACUUCGACGUGCCGUUUGACGGCCGGGGAGUCAACCACGAGGUUGCUGGGUUUGCUGCCUCGAUCCGGGACGGUGCGGUACAAGCGCUGUUGCGACCAGAACAGGCGCUGGCAGACCUGGAAAUGGUCCUCGCAAAGAAGCACGUCCCCAUCGUCAAGAAGCGCACCAAGCGUUUCUUCCGCCACCAGUCCGACCGCUUCAAGUGCGUGCCGGAGUCAUGGCGCAAGCCCAAGGGUAUCGACAACCGCGUCCGUAGACGCUUCAAGGGCAACAUCCCCAUGCCCUCGAUCGGUUACGGUAGCAACAAGAAGACCAAGCACAUGAUGCCCUCCGGCCACAAGGCCUUCCUUGUCCACAACCCCAAGGACGUUGAGCUUCUUCUCAUGCACAACCGCACCUACGCUGCUGAGAUCGCCUCCGCCGUCUCUUCCCGCAAGCGUGUCGACAUCAUUGCCAAGGCCAAGGCUCUCGGCGUCAAGGUCACCAACCCCAAGGGCCGUGUCACCACUGAGGCUUAAAUGGAUUUUCUUAUCUUAAAAUACAAAAAAGAAAGACCUAUUUAUGGAAUGAUAAUGUAAAAAAAAUUAUCAAUGAUCCAUGAAUAUACUCUUUUUCUGGUUCCACAAAGAAAAAAGAAAAUCCACAAAACGUCUUGUUCUCGGGCUCACCGGUAUCAUUUGGGGAACUUUUCAAUCAAGUGAUGAUAUCGGUGGU